UGGGAAACGUGUCUCCUGUUGCUCUCCUAUGUUCUUUUUCCUUUUUUUUCCUCCCUCCCUUCAUUUUAUUGCGAGAACAACGCUUUAGAGACUCAAGAAUAAAUUCCCAUUUUCAAGCUUCGAUCCUUCACUAAUUUGUCAAAGGUGAUCUUCAGUAGCCAUGGCCCGUACAAAGCAGACUGCCCGUAAGUCCACUGGAGGCAAAGCCCCUCGUAAACAGCUGGCCACAAAGGCUGCUCGCAAGAGCGCUCCUUCCACUGGUGGAGUCAAGAAGCCUCAUCGUUACAGGCCUGGUACUGUGGCUCUGCGUGAGAUCCGUCGUUACCAGAAGUCCACUGAGCUGCUGAUCCGCAAGCUGCCCUUCCAGCGCCUGGUGAGAGAAAUCGCCCAGGACUUCAAGACUGACCUGCGUUUCCAGAGUGCAGCCAUUGGAGCUCUGCAGGAAGCCAGCGAAGCCUACCUGGUGGGUCUGUUUGAGGACACCAACCUGUGCGCCAUCCACGCCAAACGUGUCACCAUCAUGCCCAAAGACAUCCAGCUGGCACGUCGUAUCCGCGGGGAGCGAGCUUAAAAUGCUGUCUGACUUUUUUCAUGCUAUCUUCUUGUCUGUUCACCACUCUUUUCAUCCUCUAUACUUAGUUAGUAGUUUGGGUUGAGGUUCUAUAUAUAUCAUAUGAUUGUGAUAACCGUAUAUUGUGUGAUCAUGUCCUCUUCGGUGCUACUAGUAGCAGAGUUUCCUUAGAAAAGUCAUGUAUGUCCGAAACUUUAAGCCACAGCUACACUCCUCACGUUUAACCUGCUAGCUCAGAGGGAAUGCCUUCUCUUUAUGAUGAUGGUGUUUUUGCAAACCAAGAAUAGUGUGUGAUGAUGUGGGCAUAGGAAAUAGCAUUAAGGAAAAGACAUUAUCAUCUUCUGACAGAUGUAAUCAUCAAUAUAAUUAGUCUUGUCUUUUUUCUUUCCUUUUUUUAAAUAGAAAUUUGUUGUAAAAGUAGUGAUUUUUUUACAAUAGUGUAUUUCUACUGUUUAAUGUAUCAAAAGAAAUUCAGUUUGAAUCUGGUUGUCAAAUGAAAACGUCAUUGUACUUUGAUGACACUGCAUUUUUGGCAGACUACACGCGGCGUAUAUGUAGCAGACCUAUGUUUAUCAUAUUUUUGAUUGUCAGCCACAUUACUAUGUCAAGGUUAUUUGACUUUUUGUUCCUCUCUCAGGUUGAUAUGAUAACCUUUUUUUUUCUACUGUGUUUUUGAUUUAUGUUUUCAUUUUUAAAAGCAAAAUAUUUGUACUCUGAAAAUUCACUUACAAACAUAAUAAACAGAUCCUUGUGGUUGAA